CCUCCUUCUCUGUCCCUACCAUGUAACAGGCUAAAAUCUUAGAAGUUGGACAGAAUGUCAAAGUCCCAUAUUGCGCAACAGAUCAGGAAAGAUCAGACAUAUAAGGGACUGACUGAAAGUCAGUGAAGCAGAGGAAGAAACAUGGAGCACUUCAGAAGCAUCCUCCUGUUGGUCAGUGUGGCCACUCUCAUCCCCACACAGGCUGUACCUCAGUCCAGCCUGAGCUACUCCAAAGCCCUCUCCACAGCCAUUCAUUUCUACAACCAGAUACACAGCAGAGAAAAUGCUUUCUGGCUCCUCAAAACCCACCCUCCUUCACCCAGUCAGGAUCCAGAAGAGCAAGUUCCAACACUUCUGAGCUUUACCCUGAAAGAAACUAUAUGCCCAGUGACUGAAGAGCUUCUGCUAGACCAAUGUGACUUCAAAGCUGAUGGGCUGGUGAAAGAAUGUCAAGGCUCGGUAUCCAAUGAACAGGACACUGCUGCCAUCAUCCUCACCUGUGAACCAGUGGCCCCAGUGCCCUCUCGUUCCAGAAGAACCCCGCUUCCCAAACAAAAGAAUGGUUCAAAGAACCGCAGAUUCAGAAUAGGCGGAUACACCAUGAUUUCCAUGAAACAGCCCAGGGUACAAAAGGCCCCAUAUAUGGAGGCUCUCUAGGCACCAAUCAAUACAAUUAGAGCUUGCUUUCUCCUUUACAUUUUGUUCUUUCUCUGUUUCUACUCACCUCACCUCACCUCAUCUCUCUCUCUCUCUCUCUCUCUCUCUCUCUCUCUCUCUCUCUCUCUCUCUCUCUCUCUCACACACACACACACACACACACACACACACACACAAUGUAAUUUAUAGAUAUGUAUUUUUCUGUAGGUGAUACACAUAUACAAUAUGAAUGGGAUGCAUAGAUAUUAUUUACAUGGGUUACACAAAGAUAUAUAAAGCAUAUCUGUGAGUGUGUGGGUAUCUGUAUCUGUAUCUGUGUAUAUAUAUUCAGGUAGCCUGGUCUUCAAGACUGGAGAAUUUGUAGAAGACUUUCUUCCUUGGUAGAGAAAACAAUGUCUUGAUACUAAAACCUGCCUGUGUGAGAAGUGGAGUUGGUGGAAGAGCUUUGAAGACGAGAGAUAGUAUUCCUUUCCUGCCUUAAAGAAGACACCCAAUUCAAGACACUCUUUCUCAGAGAGACCUAUGGAAAGAGAGACAGACAGACUUUGGAAGGCACAUAAGCAGGAGAAAACUGGUUCCUCCUCAUGCCCCAGCCUUACAAUUUGUCUUUGUAGAGUUUUGGGAAAUUGCCCCUCGGAUGAGAAUAUGGUGCUUCUCUCUUGGUUGACAUUCCUAAAGGAGAAUUCAUUGACUCCAUGUAUUUUUUCUAGCAUAUUCUAACUUAUACAGCUUUCCUGGUUUCUGUUUGCUCCAUGCUUAGAUAAAUGGAUUUACUCAUUCUCCAAUA